AUGACCGUGGCAGUGGCGCUGGUGCUGGCCGUGGCUGUGCGCCUGGUGCUCCUGCAGUUGCAGCGUCAGGUGCUCCUGCGGCUGACGCUGAUGCGGCCCCUGCCCCUAGCGAUGCUAUCUCCUGUCUGGGCUCACUUUGAUGAAAUUACUGAGAAUGUUGAUGGAGAGGAUCGUGUUAUUGCUGUUUGCAAGAUUUGUAGGUCUCGUUUGUCUGCUAAUUCUGCUAAUGGCACUGAGAUUUGGGGCCUCCUUGACAAAGUUUUUGCUGUUAGCCUUGAUAAUGCUUCUGCUAAUACCAGUGCUAUGCUUGUUUUGACUCCUUUACUUGAUGGUUACUUGGGCUACGAUGUGGCUCCCUCUGAUCCUGCUAAAAAGUUAUAUCAUGCGCGUAUUGCUCAAUUCAAGAACUAUUGUCUUGCUAAGGACAUCAGGCCUCGUAAAUUCUGUCUUGAUAUGGAUGUUAGAUGGAACUCCACCUAUCUUAUGCUUAAACAUCUGAUGCCAUAUAGAUUUGUCUUUUCUGCAUUCAUCAAUUCUCAAUCUGGCUAUGCACUAUUAAAUGAACAACACUGGUACAUUGCUGAAAAGGUGUUGGAAUUUCUUGAAUUGUUCUAUGAGUCCACUGUUGCACUUUCUGGUGUUUAUUACCCCACUAGUCCAUUGGUACUGCAUCACAUACUUGAGAUUGCUACUCACCUGCAAAAUUAUGAAAAUGACAACCAACUUGAUGAUGUUGUUGUGCCAAUGAAAUCUAAAUUUCUCAAGUACUGGAAAAAAAAUCCACUGUUAUAUUCUUUUGCAUUUGUUCUGGACCCAAGGGCUAAGAUCAGAGGUUUGCAAAAUGUGCUUGACUUGCUUGCUCAAUGUAACAAUAUCAGUUAUAUUGCUUAUCUAGCUGAGGUUAAAGCUGAGUUGCAUAAAUUGUAUGACAAGUAUGAAUGUAGAUUUGGUGCAGCUAAUCCAGCUAGGACCACACAUCCAUCUGGCCUGACACGUAAGAGGAAGCAGGCUUGGGGCAGGAUUUUUGGAGGAUUAGGUUCUUCUGGUACUUCAAUUAGUACAUCAUUUUCAUCUGCUUCAUCUGGUGGUAUAUCUGAGCUCACUGCUUAUCUGGACGGUGACAAUGUUGUGGCCUAUGAUGAUGAUUUUGAUGUACUCAAUUGGUGGCAUGAGCACAAACUGACCUUUCCAGUUCUCUCUAUGUUGGCUAAAGAUAUUAUGACUGUUCCUGUGUCAACUACUUCUUCGGAGUCUACUUUUAGUUUGUCUGGCAAGAUAAUUGAGGAGCGACGACGACGAUUGGGCGCUGACACUGUGGAGAUGUUGGUCUGCACCAAGGACUGGGAGCUUGGUGAGGAGCAUGGACAACAUACUGUGGUCGACAAGGAGUUAGAAGACUACUACAAAAACCAGUUCCUUGAUGAAGAUUCUACUACAACAGUUGAUUGA